AUGAUUGGAUCAGUUACACCUCAACUGAAAAAUGAACAUAUUAGAGAUGUAAAGCUACGAAAGGAGUUGGUCCGUUUUAUACGAGAUGAAACUCAAAGAAUUCAAGAUGAGCGAAAUGAUGCCCGUAUCAAGAAGGCUUUAGAAUCCGGCUUUGAAUUGCCCGACUUGGACCCAAGCCCACACCACGUAUUGGAUCAGUCUGAAGUAUUUGCAAACAAAUUCUCUUUUAUCAUGCGGAAUUCACCAUCCAAUGAAUUAGCAGAGUUGAUGCGAAGACAGAUUGCUAUGAUGAACGAGAUGAGCCAAGUUAUCCGUGUACGCAAUUGGGACGUUGCCCAGCUGACGAAUAAAUGUGAAAGUGCUGUAAACGAUGCAUCCCACAAUGCCGAUGUCCAUCCCCAUGAACUCAGUAAUCUCAAUGAAAAGUUGAGAAAUCUUCAUACUUCUUAUGCCUGUCAAGUGGAGGUACUUGCAGAAAAGCAGCGAAAGGAGUUUAGGGAUAUGGUCGACAUUUUGUAUGACGGCGGAAGUCUUUUCACUGAUGCAAAUAAAGCUGACGACACUUGUGAGCUGAGAAGGUCUACACUGAAAUCGGAGAGUGAGGAACCUGGCAUCAACGAGUGCUAUACAAUUUACAUAGGAGCUCAGCUAAAAUCUAUGCACAAUGUUCGAUUGUUGACUGCAAAAUCUAUGGUAGAUCUUUGUACUCCGUUGAAGGGUACUGAUGUAGGUUCACUGCUUCAAAUGUCAAUUUCGCUUUAUGGAAGACAACUGAGUGCUUUGAUAAUGUUGGUCUCAAGAGAUCCCCUCUAUCAUUGCAGCAAUGGUUCCAGAUUUGCUCAGGUUUGUGAACAGACUACUGAGUUGCAUUUUGAUCCACUGCCUAUCCAGCUCAAAACUGUUGUGGAUUCG